UACACAUCCCAUUGUUUUGCUUUCCCUUGCAAGUUUCAACCUUUUCUUUCCUUAAGAGUCUAGCUCUCACCUUUUUACGCGCUUUAUAAGUCCAUUAAUGCACUAUUAGAACUGUCGGUGUAUCUUCUUUUGAAAAUAAUUUCACUUAAGUUUGGAAUCUCUACGUAAUACAACCUAUUAACGGUCAAAAUGGGUCAAAAAUUCCAACCUUUUCUUCUUAAUGGCCCAAAAUUUAUGCAGCUGUGUAUAUAUUGAUAAGCAUGCGAAACCCAUGAGUACUUUCCAUUGAGGUUCUCUUGUAUUUGUUUUGGUUGCAUGAAAUGGUUCUCUUUUACUUUGGUUGUUCAUUUGUUCAUGAGUUGUAGUUCAGAGCCAUGGGUGGGCUCUGAUUUCAUUACACCCAUUUCAAAGUUUCUACCUUUUCUUGCUGGGUAUUUUUGUUUCUGAGACAGUUAAAUUUUCUUACUCAUUCUUUAACAGUGUUUUUUUCUUCCCAACAUUUCUCUUUUCCAUCUUGGAAUAAUCUAGGGAGUGGAAAAAAGACCACCCGAACUUAAGAUUGUUAGUGUGAGAAACCUUAGAAGAAGAAGAAGGUAAAGUGAGUUCAUCAUGGCCUUUCUAACAGACUCUCACAAGGACUCAUGGCAGCCCAUUAUGACUACAAAGACAAACACACACAGUUACUGGCUUAAUUGGAGAGUUCUUCUUUGUUCAAUAUGGAUUCUGGUUUCAGUGUUCUUGUCAUCGUUGCUUUUAUGGAAGUAUGAGCGUUUGAGAAAACCAGAAACCAAUGGAAGCAGGGAAACAGAAAAAGAAACAUCGGCAACUUUGUAUGAGGAUGAAACUUGGAAGCCUUGCCUAAAAGGAAUUCACCCUGCAUGGCUCAUGGCUUUCAGAGUGGUGGCAUUUUUUGCUCUUUUGGUGCUUCUCAUAAUCAAUUCCAUUGUUGAUGGAGGAAGCAUUUUCUACUACUACACUCAGUGGACUUUCACUUCAAUCACCAUAUAUUUUGGGCUUGGAUCUUUGCUCUCCAUACAUGGAUGCUACCAAUAUCAUAAGAAAGCAACUGGGGAUAAGGUUGAUAAUGUGGAAGCAGAUGCAGAGCAAGGAAUAUAUGAUUCUUCUGCACUACCACAAAGCUCUAAUAGUCUAUCAGACCAAGAGAAAAACUUAAGAGCCUCAGAAGUUGUUAUUCGCCAACAUGCAGGGAUUUGGGGUUAUAUUUUUCAAAUAAUAUUCCAGAUUAAUGCUGGUGCAGUCAUACUCACUGAUUGUGUAUUUUGGUUCAUAAUUGUUCCAUUUCUAACCAUCAAAGAUUACAACCUAAAUUUUUUGAUAGUGAUUAUGCACUCAAUCAAUGCAGUUUUCCUUAUAGGUGACACAGCUUUAAAUUGUCUGAGAUUCCCUUGGUUUCGAAUAGGAUACUUUUGCCAGUGGACAAUCAUAUAUGUGAUUUUUCAGUGGAUGGUUCAUGCUUGCAUUUAUAUAUGGUGGCCUUAUCCUUUUCUUGAUUUGUCAUCCUCUUAUGCUCCACUAUGGUACUUUGCAGUGGCAUUACUGCACAUUCCAUGCUAUGGAAUUUUCGCAUUGUUAAUGAAGCUGAAACACCAUGUUUUGUCAACUCGGUUCCCUGACUCUUAUCAAUGUGUCAAAUAAAUUCAGCCUAGAACUACCUUCCAUCUUCCUAUCCACCGUACAAAAAAGAUAAAGAAGUGUUAGAUAAAAUUCUUAUUAUUUAACAAUAACAUUUCACACAUAUAAACAAAAUAUACUUUUUUUGUUUGACCAGAACAGUAAUUAGAAUUUUGCUCUUACUCUAACUUUUGUCAAGUAGAGAGCUGUGUAACUAAUUAUGAAUUUAUAAGUAUU